AUGAGCAACCCGCUGUUCGUCUUCCCCGCCUCUUUCUCGCCCUCCCUGACGGCCAUCACAACAACAACAACAGCAGCAGCAGCCAACACACCCUCCACCGCCGAUGCAGCAGCAGCAGAGGAUGCACCACCACUUGCUGCUGAACACAUCCCAGCCAACCAACCAACCAACCAACCCAUCGUCCACUGCUGCGCCCGCUGCUGCUGGGAACAGGUGGCGACAGCACAAGUUGCAUUUUCCGCUGGAAGCAGCAGCAAGCAGAGCUCCGCUGUCAUCGUCAUCUCCAUUGCCAUCGACCACACAGCCGACAUCACACGCCGGCCGACACAAGCCCCAAUCUGGCGUGAGGCAGACAUUGCACAUGUCAGUCGCUCUCAUGAAGAGCAGCAGCAACAGGUGAUGGCUGGCUGCAUUGUGGAUGAACUGGCCCUCUGUCUCUCGUCCAUCUCGUCCAUCUCCUCCUCCUCCUCGUUGUCGUCGUUGGUCACCAACAGCAGCGGCUGCGGCCGUGGAUGUGGAGGGGGUGUAAUGUGCGUCGAUGUGCCGUUGCCUCGCAUGACGAUGACGAUGAUGGUGGACGGUGGCCGAUCUCUUCCCGAGUCCCCAUGA